AUGGCACCGGUCGCAGCUACUACAGAGGAGCCUUCGCGGCGAAGAAUUAUCAAUAUCAAUGCCGAAACCAUCACCAACAUACCCUCCACAGACUUCCCUGGGCAUUGGCCUGGAGAAUCACAUGAGUGGUCCAUAGAGAAAUUUCAAGAUAACUUUCGAGUCGACUUUCACAAAAACGAGACUUACGAUGCCUCCUUCUCCCUCGUCGGUCUCGACGCCUCCGUCGCAAACGCUUUUCGCCGUAUCCUAAUCGCCGAAGUACCCACUCUCGCCAUUGAAUUUGUCUACAUCCUCAAUAAUACAUCCGUCAUUCAAGACGAAGUGCUCGCCUCCCGUCUCGGUCUCAUCCCGCUCAAAGGCUCGAUAGAAGGUCUCAACUGGAUGCAAUGGUUCAAAAAGGCCACCGAGGAAGACCCCGAGAGCAGCGACCCUAGCGACUUCAACACCGUCGUUUUAAAUCUCCACGUUGAAUGCAGCGUCAACGAAAGAGCUCUACCGGGCGAAGAAGACCCCCGCCUUCGCUACCAUAACGCGCACGUCUAUGCAAGCGACAUCACAUUUGAUCCAAAGGGUCGUCAAGUGAACUAUUUCAGCGGCGAAGGAGAAAUCAGACCGGUCAAUCCCGACAUUCUUAUCGCUAAGCUUAGACCAGGACAGGUUAUCGAGCUCGAGAUGCAUUGUAUCAAGGGUAUCGGUGCCGACCACGCCAAAUUCUCUCCCGUCGCAACGGCAACAUACCGUCUCCUCCCCGAAAUUCGAAUCAUGCGCCCUAUCAUUGGCGAAGACGCAAAGAAGUUCGCUAAGUGUUUCCCCAAGGGUGUCAUCGGAUUCGAGAAAAUCACAUCUGCCGAAGCUGCGAAGAAGGGUAGUGGAUACGAAGGUCAUGCGGGCGAAGACAAAGCUGUGGUGGUCGACCCCUUCAAAGAUACCGUCAGCAGAGAAUGUCUACGACACGAUGAGUUCAAGGAUAAAGUCAAACUGGGUCGUGUGCGGGAUCACUUUAUUUUCAAUAUUGAGAGUACCGGCCAGUUUCCUAGUGACACUCUUUUCCUGGAAAGCGUUAAGGUGUUGAAGCUCAAAUGCGUACGGCUGAAACGAGACUUGAACAAGCUGGUGCAAUAA